AUGAAUAAUAAUAAUUGUUUGGGAGUUAAAGAAAUCAGAUAGAAAUGCAAAUCAUUUUUUGAAUCAUAUACUAAUCGUUUACCAAAAUAGAUUAAGAAAUAAAGAAAUUCUUAAGAGUAUUAAUCACUCUGUUAAAAUGAAAUUAGAAAAUAUGAGAAGAUUUAUAUAAAACCAAAACGAUCUGUAUAAUAUAAUUCUAUCUAAACUGAAACAAAUUAGAAUGAUAAUUAUAUCAAUUACUAAAGAAGAUAAAGCACAGAACCAAAAACUUACUCUAAAAAAAGAAAUCAUAUUAUACAAACUGUAUUUUCAUUAGAAUUAAUUAGUUUUUAAGAAAAUAUUAAGUUAAAUGGACUUAUUUAAAUCAUGUAAUAUUGAUACUUUUAAUAAUUAAAAAGUUAAUAUUGGAGAUAUUGAAAUUUAACAUCAAUAGAAUUUUGAAGAUCAUAAAUGUAAUUUUAUUAAUAAAGAAAAUAACAAGUAAAAUAAUGUAAGAUUACCUAUAUUAAAAAAAUGUUUAUUAUGUAAGAUAUCUUAUUUAUUUAUUAGAAUUUGAUAAAAUUGAAUUUAAAAUUAGUUAAGGUAAGUUGACUAAAUUUAAUGAUAGUUUUUAAACCCCAUUCUUUGGAGCAAAAAAACAAAUUUCUUUAGAAAAGCGACCUUAUGAAUUUUAAGGAUUAGUUUAUAAGCGAAAGAAAUGAUUUGAUUUAAUAAUUUAUUACUAAUAUUUUCUCUAUUAAAAAGAAAAGAAAUAAUUUUUAUUAGAUGAUUUAAUAAAUAAAUUAUUUAAUGAACAACAUAAUUAUGUCAAGUAAUGGAUCCACUUAUGCCUUAUAAACUUAAUUAGGUAGUGGUUCAUUUGGAACAGUAUAUCAGGUCUUAGAUCUGAGAACAAACAAGUAUUAUGCUUGCAAAAUAGUAUUUAAAUUUUAUUAAAAUAUAGAUUUCAAAAGGAUUGUUAUAUAAAUAUAAUGCAGAACCAAUGAUUAGAUAAGAAAUUAAAAUCUAAUCAACAUUAAAUCAUAAAAACAUACUCAAAGUAUAUCAUUCUUUCGAAGACAAUCAAAAUAUUUAUAUCAUUUCUGAAUUCUGUUCUGGUGGUUCAUUAUAAACUCCAAAGACUCCAUUCUAAGAAAAAGAUGUUUUUAACAUUUGUAUAUCUAUAUUAGGUGCACUGGAUUGUUUGCAUUCGAAUAAAAUAAUUCAUAGAGAUUUGAAAGUAAUAUAAUAAUUAUAUCUUCUAAAAAUAGUUAGAAAAUAUUUUUCUUCAUGAGGAUGGAACAUAUAAACUGGGAGACUUUGGUUGGGCUACUUAUAUCGAUAAAGUGGAGCCCAUUCUUUGUGGAACUACCGAAUAUAUGCCACCAGAGGUUGUGUUGAAAUAAUAUCAUGAUUAUAAAGUAGAUUGCUAUUCACUUGGAGCAUUAAUUUAUGUAAUAUAUAUAGAAUAUAUUAUUUUUAGAUCUUAUUGCAUACUCAUUUCCCAUUUUAAGCAAAUUCUUAGCCUGAUUUAAUUGCCAAAAUAACUAGUUAAGAAGUCAUUGUUAAUAGUAAUAUUAAUGAAGAUUUAUAAAUUCUUAUACAAGCAUUAUUGACUAAGGAUCCUAAUGAUAGACCUACAAUUCAAUAAUUAUACUUAAGUAGAUGGAUAAAAAGUUAGAUGAAAUUAAAUAAUAUAUUUAACAAGUAUGAGAAUGAAUAAUUAAAAAACAAAUUUAGAAAUAAAAAUAUUACAAUUAAGACUUUAGAAGUGAAGUAAAUAUUUAUAAUUUAUAUAUUUCAAAGUGGAUCAAUUAAAAGUAGUUUAUCAGAUAGUCAAAAAAGCUCAUUAACUCAUAGUUCUAGUACUCAAAUAAGUUCAUCUAAUAAUCCUUGUUCUCCUAUUGCUAAUAAAGGAAUUAUUGAUUAGAUAUUCAAUUUUAAGGAAUUCGAUCAUAUCAACUCUGUGCCAUAACCUAAACUUUAUUGAUA